AUGUUAAGAAAUGAGUUGGAGCUUAUGAAUAAAUCACUUGAGGAAUCUGAGGCUCAGUUACAGGGUAGAACAGUGGAAAGCAAUGAGCUGGUGAGUCAAAUUGCUUUAUUGAAGAAGGAAGCAAAAAGGUCACUUGAUGAGCUAAAUAGGAUGAAGAAUCUCAAGUAUGAAAAAGAGUUGGCGGGUAGAGUGUUGCAGUCAGAGUUAGAAGCACUUAGAACUCAAUAUAAUGACUUGAAAAGUUAUCUUCUUGGGGAUGAGGCUGAGAAAGAAAAUGUAAGAAAGCAAGUUUUCCAGCUAAAGGGUGAACUAAAGAAAAAAGACGACGCGUUAAUGAACAUUGAGAAGAAAAUGCUGUCCCAAGAUGGCAGGAUAAGGGAUGCAAACAAAGUCUUGAAUGAGAUGACUGAAAGUAAAAUUGAAGCUCAGAAUAUCACAUGCAACACACUAAUUAAUGCUUACUACAAGUUUGGAGAGUUGAAAUCAGCUUUGAAAUUUAAGAACAAGCUGUUAGAAGCUGGUCUAAAACGUGAUCCAUUUACAUAUAAAGCAUUAAUUCAUGGGUUCUACAAGAUGAAUGAACUAGAAAGGGCAAAUGAGUUAAUGUUCAGCAUGGUUGAUGCUGGAUUUACACCCAGUUAUUGCACAUUCUCAUGGAUUGGAGAUGGCUACAAUAAGAAAGACAAUAUGGAUGCAGUUUUAGCACUUCCAGAUGAGUAA